UGGUCCCAAAAUACCAAAGCCUUGGCUAAUUAUUGGAAGGUUGAUGUUGAUAAAGUAAAGCUCAUCCUCCUCUCUCCAGCAUGUCCCCUCCUCACAGCCCACUCUAACUGCAUGCUUUCUACAUUUCCACAACCAGCCUCCAGACUUUGGCCCCUUUCGCCUGGGAGAUGAUGGACAGCCGGAUACUAGAGCACCCCCAUGCCCAGUUUGGAGGCUCUCUUAGUGGGAUGGUGGGUUUUCCUUACCAUCUUAGCCACCAUCAUGUCUAUGAAUUAGCCGGACAUCAGCUCCAAUCUGCGGCCGCUGUUCCUUUCUCCAUAGACGGAUUACUGAACACUUCGUGCACUGCCUCUGUGGUAAACUCGAAUUCUCUCCUUUCUGGCUGCGGUGUGAACGGAGACCACCAGUACAAAUUGACAGAUUCUAAUGACCCGGACAAAGACAGCCCCGGUUGCAAAAGACGAAGAACUCGUACCAAUUUCACAGGCUGGCAGCUGGAAGAACUGGAGAAAGCGUUCAAUGAGAGUCACUAUCCAGACGUGUUCAUGAGGGAAGCUCUGGCGUUGAGACUGGACUUAGUCGAGUCCCGAGUUCAGGUUUGGUUCCAAAACCGCAGAGCUAAGUGGAGAAAAAAGGAAAACACGAAGAAGGGACCGGGUCGACCUGCUCACAACUCGCACCCAACUUCGUGCAGCGGUGAGCCAAUGGAUCCUGAAGAAAUCGCCCGGAGAGAACUAGAGAGGAUGGAGAAAAGGAAGAGAAAACAAGAAAGAAAGCUUUUGAAAAGUCAAAACAAACUUCUCUCGGGAGAGUACCUUCACACUCCAGGAUCAGACAGCGACAGUGGGCUUUCGCAGAUAAUGGAUCACCCAAUCGAAUCAACCUCGAGUCGGAUGCAGUCUGCACCUGGGGCUCGAAACCAAACCGAACCGAGCUGUGACCAAACGCGACAAAAACUCCAGAGCCAAAGAAACCUGGGUCAAGAUGCUAGCGGAUCAGAGCAGGACUCCUCCGACAGCAACCAUAACUCGAUCUUGUGUUCUAACAGCAGAACUUCCAGCACUCAGAAACGGAACCCUUUUAGUGUGGAAAGUCUUCUUUCGGACUCCACACCCCGCCGGAAAACCAACCUGGAUUUCCCGGGUUUAUCCACCCCAAGGCCCCUCAUAGGGAAAGGGCAUUUCUUACUGUACCCCAUCACUCAGCCUCUCGGCUUCAUUGUACCACAAACUGCUUUAAAAACAGUAUCAAGUCCCGAGUCAGCUAACGCUGGACAAAAUAGCUUACCAACAGACAUCCCCACACAACCGAGCUUUACAACCUCAAAUCCAGGACAAAAUAAUAACAAUUCCGGACCUGCAAACAAAGAACAGACAAGUUAUUCCCGGAAAAACACCAACUCACCACAGAGAAACCCGGGUCAGACAACAUACCCCAGAACAAGUACUCAGUCACAGGGCAGUUUCAGCGAAUCCCCGGCGCUGCAGACAGAUUCAACCCAUAUCCAGUCAAAGUCUCCAAAUUCAGAAAAUUCUACACGAGAAAAUGUUGACUUUUCCGAGACAACUAAAACACACUCUUCCCCACAAACAAGUACUGACUGUGAAGAUGUUGAUAUGGACUAAUUAACGUAAUAAAUAAAUAAAUACAACGUUAACGACUUCACACAUUCCCAAAGCUUGACACAAGAUAACACAGAUACUUCUUUUUUUUUCCAUAUCAGAAUAUAUAAACUUGUAAUGUCAAAGUGCAUAUAUUGAUAUUCUAAUUCAGGUGGAACAAAACAAAA